AUGGACCUCACAUGUCGUUCGUCCUUACUCAGCAAGGCUGGCAGCUACAGCUCAGAACCGCUGAUCAGAAGACGUCGGCCCACCCCUGCUACUCUGGUAGCUUCCAGUGACCAGUCUUCUCCGGAAAUAGACGAAGACCGUCUUCCUAACCAGUUAUACAAGGCAGCCCUGUUGAACUCUCCCAGGCAGAGGAGGAAGGGAGCAAGAUGCACACCCACCAUGAAAGAAUUGCAGUUCAUGGUAGAACACCACCUGUACAAGCAGCAGCACGGUGGAGAUGAUGAGUGUUCCUCAGAGAGCUGUCUGUCAGACAGACCCAGCCCGGACACUCUGCCCACCGGAGAGGAGGAGGAGCUGGAGCUACCGGAGGACGAGGAGGCUUGGGGAACCGGCGACAAUGUCACUGCGGAGGCCUUCGAGAAGCUGCGCUGUCAGAUGGAGGCAGAGUUUUCACGGGACAGUCUAUCAGACGCUGCAGGGGGACACGAGGGCUCCUUCUCCAAGGAAGAAGUGGGAUGUUCCACCGUCCCCAUGGCAGCAACAUCAUCAUCACAACAAAAACAACCCACACAAGCAGCGAGUCCAGAGGAGAAGAAAACAAAGAAACCCACCCAGGAAUAAGAAGACAAAUAG